AUGGUCUCAAAUGUCAAGCUAUCUGCUAAGGAGGGAAAACCCCUUGAAGAUGUUGCACAGUACAGAAGCAUAGUAGGUGCUCUGCAGUACAUUGUAAUUACUUGGCCUAAUGUGGCAUUUGCUGUGAAUAGAGUGUGUCAAUUCAUGCAAGCCCCAUUGGAUGUUCAUUUUCAGGCAGUCAAGCGAAUAUUUCAUUACCUACAAGGCACCGUUGAUUUUGGACUACGGUUUACACCCUCCUUGAGAAUGGCUUUGACUGGCUUUGUAGAUGCGAAUUGGGGUUCAAAUGUUGAUGAUAGACAGUCAACUUCAGGAUUUUGUAUAUAUUUUUGUGGGAAUUUGGUCUCGUGGAACUCUAGAAAGCAACAUGUUGUUGCACGUUCAACUACUAAGGCUGAGUACAGAAGUGUGGCUUAUGCAGCUGCUGAAAUGGUUUGGCUUCGAUCACUAUUGGGAAAGCUACACAUAGUUACUCAUGGCAAGGCCACGUUAUGGUAUGAUAAUACGAGUGCAGUCGCAGUAUGUGCUAAUCCUGUACUUCAUUCCAAGUUUAAACAUGUUGAGUUAGAUAUGUUUUUUGUUCAAGAAAUGGUGGCUAUGGGACAACUACAAGUACAUGAAGUUCCUGCAGUCGAGCAGGUUGUUGAUGUGCUGACCAAGCCUUUAUCAGCACCUUUGUUUUUCAAACACAGACAACGGUUGCUGGUGAUGCAACUUAAAAGCAGAUCAGUUUGA